CCAACCAACUCUACUGUUCUACGGCCCAUCCACACCACCGACCCACUGACGGACGGACACAUCAGGCACUUGUGGACUGGCGGCUGCGCUGGAUCUUGUUGAUGUAGCUGAUUGCGAGUGCCUCCCUCUCGGCAGCCAGGGCAGCGUAGUAGUAGUGCUCUGAUGACUUCUCGGGGCGGCCUGCGGUCUUCUCGCCUUCCCAGAGAGCGUACGCCCCCAACAGCACCCUGCACAGACAGACAGGGGAGACACACACAGAGACACAGACACACAUGGAUGUGGGGGUGCCUCGUGUGUGUGUAGGCCAAAGAAAGACUGACUGCAGCCCACUUACAUCGAGUCGAAGCGCUCGCGGCUGAGGCCCGCCUCGAUGAUGAGGCGGUCCUCCUCCGCAGGGACGCUCCGCUCGUAGUGCUGCUGGGGCGACUCGUGACGGCCCUCCGACGACAGGGAACGGUCAAACGCCCUCUGCUUGACACUGCAUGACAAGGCAGACAGACAGACAGAGAGGUGAGACACACACACAUGCAUAGAAGAUGUGUUUGAUGGUGUGUCAGUCAGUGAGGUGUGCGUGUUGGCUUACUACGCAGUGAAGGCGUCCUUGGGGGUCGGGCACACCAGCUGCCUCGCCUGCACGGUGUUCGCUGUGGCGGACGGGCGGUUGUUGGGGGGGUGGGUGUUGUGGGUGGGGGGGUUGUUGGCCUCCUCUGCCGGGGGUGUCGGGUGGGGGUUGGGCUGGUUGGGCUGGUUGGGGUGGUUGUCGGGUGUGUUGGCGGGUGGCUGUGUGGCUGGCGUGGCUCCCGUGGUGUUGGUGUUGGUGCCGCUCGACGUGCUAUCAAAGUUGUCUGCAUUCAUCAAUCAGGGAGGGCACACACACCAUAUCAACAGACACAACACCAUGGCAUAUAACCCGUCACUGAGGGACCAACUCAGACAGCAAGUAGUGUGUGGCUGGCUGACUUACCGAAGUCCGGAUGCAUCGGCAUGAGCGCUCCGACCGUGCCCGGCAGGUCCAGUAUCGGGGCUGUCGACUGCAUCAUCGGGCCGACCAGCUGACGAUUUAUCAAUCUCGCGUGUCAGCGGCGGCCUCUCCUCCCUGGUCGUCUCCUUUGCUGGCGAACGCCCUCGUGUGUCGCGGGCUCGUCAGUCACUCGCUGCGCUGGUUGCAGUGCAGUGCACUCACUGCCGACUUAUCUCUGUUUUGGCGGCGGCAGGGUGCAGGCUGUUGCGAAACGAGGCUGACAGACGUGUGGGUAUUGCUUGCACGGCUGUGGGCUGGACGGCGAGGGACAGAGAGCGUUUCUGUGUGGCUGUGGCGAAAGCGGGGGAAAACCGAAAGCGCACAGCUUCUCUUUUUCUUUUUGCCGUCUCCUGUCUCA